CCCUUCCGCCUCCAUGCCUCACACUGCUCCCUCCCCCUCCGCCUCCACACCGAUCUAGGGUUUCUCUGCUAGGGUUUUUGGCCUUCGGGUCUUCGGCGGCGGCGGCGGAAGAUGUCGGAGAGGGUGAAGGGGACGGUGAAGUGGUUCAACGUCAGCAAGGGGUUCGGCUUCAUCUCCCCGGAGGAUGGCGGCGAGGACCUCUUCGUGCACCAGUCCGCCAUCAAGUCCGACGGCUACCGCAGCCUGAACGAGGGCGACACCGUCGAGUUCUCCAUCGAGUCCGGCGACGACGGCCGCACCAAGGCCGCCGACGUCACUGCUCCUGGAGGAGGCUCGCUGCCCGGCGGCCCCCGCCCCAGCGAAGGCGGAGGCGGUGGCGGUGGCUACGGCGACCGCGGAGGGCGCAGCUACGGCGGCGGAGGGGGCUACGGAGGCGGUGGCUACGGCGGCGGCGGCGACCGUGGCUACGGAGGCGGCGGCGGCGGCUACGGCGGUGGUGGCGGCGGCGGCCGUGCAUGCUACAAGUGCGGCGAAGAGGGCCAUAUCUCCAGGGACUGCUCCCAGGGCGGCGGCGGUGGCGGUGGUUACGGCGGCGGCGGUGGUCGCGGUGGGGGCGGCGGCGGCGGCGGCGGGUGCUUCUCCUGCGGCGAGUCUGGCCACUUCUCCCGCGAGUGCCCCAACAAGAAGUACUAGGCGCUGAUACCACUGUAUGAAGAUCUCAGAUCUGACUGCUGUGCUUCUUCCCGCUCCGUUUCCUGCAUCUUGACUAUGCUGCAGCAAGUCAUGUUUACCAGUAGUUGCCGUAGUAUUUCCUUGUGUUGCUCGUAGGAAGAAGAAUCGACUGGCUUGCAGUUCCAGAAGAAUUGCCGAGUGCGUUUUAUGUGUUCUUGUGUCUGAUGGCACAGCCUGAAUUAUUCUAUGAUAUCGUGUGGGGCUAAAUGAAGUUCAAUUUGGAUGCCUGUUUGUGUUC